AUGAACGCCGAGCUACUACAUUGCAAAGCCCAAGAUGACUUCAACAUACUCAUCCACAGAGAUUUGCUCUGCUACUUCUCGCCCUAUUACAAUGCCUAUCUCAAUGGUAGGUCCUUGGAGAGCGGUCAGAAGCAGAUCACCUUCGAUCUGAGCAAGGCUCAGGCAAAGAUGCUAGUGUCUUGCCUGUACUCUGGACGUAUACCUCGCGACGCUGGAUACUCGGAUCUCUUUGAUCUGUACCUCUUUGCAGAUGUCACACCCAUGUUGGCUCUAAAGAGGUCUGUUAUGUCUCAUCUCCACCAUCGUAAUGUCGAGAGAGGCUCAAGGCAUGGGAUCCGUCAAGACGGUCCAGAACUUGAACUCAUCAUGAAGGUCUUUGAUGUCCUUCCCAAGAGCUCUGGUUUGAUUCGUUGGCUAGCUGAUUGGUAG